AGACAACACACACACACACACUCGCGAUCUUAUCUGUUGCGAUGAUUGUCCCCAACAUCACCGAGUCUAUAACUGGACGCGAUCUGAAGCUCUCCUUCUUCCACGCAACCUUUCGAUGGACUGCCACGGAACCCGGUCGGAGGUGGAGCUGGCACACGCUCGCAUCGAGGAGCUGAAAGCCGAGCUGGAGCAGGAGCGCAGAAUGCGGUGCAAGGCGGAGUCGACGAGCAAGGCGCUGGCACGGGAGCUGGCGGAGGAGCGCCGGGCGAGGGAGGCGGCGGAGGGGCUCGGCAGGCGGCUGGAGGAGGAGCUGGCGAGCAGGCAGGAGGAGGUGGAGCGGGUGACGAGGGAGAUCGAGGAGGAGCGGCGGAUGCUGCAGAUCGCGGAGCUGUGGAGGGAGGAGAGGGUGCAGAUUAAGCUCCUAGAGGCGAAGCUGGUGAUGGAGGAGAAGCUGCAGCAGAUGACGACGACUACGACGACGACGACGACGAUGACGACGACGGCAGCCGGGCAAGGCAAGCGAGAGGGGGAGAACAAGGGUGGCGAUCAAAGUCAAAGCGGUCAACAUGGUCAGCAGAGGAGGGAAGUGGAGAACCCGCACAUAAGGAGGGGGAUCAAAGGGUUCGUGGAGUUCACCAAGGUGGGGAGGACGCAGAGGACUGCGAGGGAAGGGCGAGUGGCACUGGGCGAGUCCAACUUGGAGUGCCAAAGGGCUCAGCUCCGCAUCCUGCUGCGGCAGAGGAAUCAUGGUGGACUCGUCGGCACGUCUCUCCACUUUGUCACAUGAAUCACAUGCCCAACUCCAUGUUAAUUUCCUUUGUCAUGGGUGUCUGCUUGUCUUCUUCUUUUUGCCGAACUGAACUGAGACUUCAUUUAUUUAUGCUCCUAA